UGGCACCACUGAGGCUGGGCUAGGGGCUCCCGGACCCAGCACCCCAGGUGCAGCUGCCGUCGUGCUCGGCGCCCGUCGCUGCAGGAUGAAGGGCGAGACCCCCGUGAACAGUACUAUGAGCAUCGGGCAAGCACGCAAGAUGGUGGAGCAACUGAAGAUCGAAGCCAGCCUGUGCCGGAUCAAGGUGUCCAAGGCUGCGGCGGACCUGAUGACGUACUGUGACGCCCACGCUUGUGAGGACCCGCUCAUCACGCCGGUGCCCACCUCUGAGAACCCUUUCCGCGAGAAGAAGUUCUUCUGUGCACUGCUGUGACCCCGCCCCUCCGCCCUCGCGGGCCUCCGGCGCCGGCCGGGGUCUGGGAACAUGCCCCUCCCGUGCCCCCGAGGGCCCCGCCCACCACCCUGAGGACCCCGCCCACCACCCGAGGGCCCCGCCCACAGUGGGCGUGCGCGGAGCCGCCUGGCUCCCCCUUGCAGCCGCUACGUGGGCAAUAAACGUCGUCCAGAGCC